ACCAAAGAUCCGCUAUAAGAUCUUUGGUGGAGACCGUCGCUAGCGGCGGGAGGAUGGAGUUGCCGCCCGGGCACAGAGCUCUGUACAAAGGCGGCGCCGCUGCCCCGUGGAAGGAGACUUACAGGAAGAGAUGUGUCACGAGACUGAAGAACAGCCGAGCAAGGCUGUUAGAUAGGUAUAGGCAUGUGGGAGAUGAUCCAGGCUGUAACCUCAGAGAGUCCUUUCUUGUGCAAGAAGUGAUGGAAGAAGAAUGGAUGGCGUUGAAAGCAUUGGAUACACGUUUACCAUCAUUGUGGAAGAAGGGGAGUUUGGCAGAGGUGCUGAAUACACUGGAAAAUAUAAGUGAAUUAGCAGAGCUUGAGGAAAUUGAACAGGAACUCAUCAGUGAAGAACAAGCCAUCAUAGAGGAGUAUGAGGCCAGUUUGCAAUUUGAUGAUGCAUGCUUGAAUGCCAUUAUUGAAGGAUUUGACGAUCCUAAUAGACUUGUAUGCCCUGUUUGUAACAGGAACUAUCUGAGUGUUAGCAGUGACUUUAUAACUUGCUCGUGUGGAAUGUGCAUUAAUACACAGGGGAUGACAGUACAGCAUUUUCGAGCCCUUCUUGAACACAAUGUCACUGAACAUAGCAGUCUAUGUGUAUGUUGUCCAAUCUUCUCUGUAGUAAAUGGUGCAGAAGCAGACACCAUGCUUUUAAUGAGCUGUCAGGCCUGCGAUUACCUGUCCGUGAUCCUCUAGGUAUCUAUAAUUCAUCUGAGAUCCUAUCACAAAAGUAAUGAACGCCUCUUCUGGGAAAUUGAAAUCUAUUCAUUGAGAAGACUGUGCUUUGCCACACCGCACUUUAGUAUUUGUUUUGCAUUCUACAUUUAAUUUAAUAAAUAUUUCUUUUUAUUAUAUAUUUGCUCCAGAUGUCUUUUUUUUUUUAAUGCACUGUUGAUGGUCCAAUAAAAUAAGAAAUACUAAGACCUUAGCUUGCAUUUCCAAGUUUGUAGGAUGCAAUUAUAUAAUUUUUUUUAAAUGUACUGAUGAUAGGGCAGAAGCAAUACUUCAGAAACAAAACUGGGAUGAGAUAAGAGUUUAUGAUCUAAUGCUGAAGAUUAAUCAUGUUGUUAAAUUCCAACAUUUGUUGCCUUGAAACGUUGCCUAUUUCCUUCGCUCCAUAGAUGCUGCCUCACCCGCUGAGUUUCUCCAGCAUUUUUGUCUACUUUGAAUAUAUUAAAACAUUUUCCCUAAGGACAAACCAAAAAGUUCUGGGGCAAUUCAGGCAGCAUCUCUGGAGAACAUGGAUCUGUGGCAUUGUGGGUCAGGAUCCUUCUUCAGGCACGUUGAUUUGUGCACCUUUUUAAUGAAUGCAGCAGUUUUCUGAUUAUUCGGUCACUAACAUCUGUAUUCCUGAUAUAAAUAAAACAAAUUGCUG